AUGUCAGAAGCUGCGACGAACUUAAAUUCAAAUAACAGCGAUGCUGGCCCACCUCAGCUGGCUGUUGGUCUUCCAUCCAUAAAAGAUGUUACAACAACAUUCAAACAGCCAGAUCUACCCGUUGAUGUUCUACUUGUAACGGUAAAAAACUGCGAGUUCUUAGCUUGUUACAAUGAGCUUAAAGAUCCCUUUAGAUGUCAUUUUGAUGGUCUUGGUUACGUUUACUUCGCGGACGUUGUCGGCAGUCAGCCGGGACGAGUGAAAGUAGCACUAAUGAAAUGUUAUAAGGGUUCUACUUGCCCGGGUGGUUCCCUUAUUGCCGUUAAGAAUGCCGCCCCUAUUCUACGACCCAAGGCCGUGAUAUCUGUUGGGGCAUGUAGUGGUCUCAACCCUAACAAAACCAAAUUAGGAGAUGUCAUUGUAUCAGCCAAACUAACAACAUAUGCAUCCAAAGUGGUUAAAAGCGACCAAGAACAGUGGGCUGGUAUUAGCAGUUACGUGAGCAGACGGUUUCUUAACAUCAUUAAGAAUUGCGCUCAUGGAUGGCAACCACCUUUGAAGAACUCGAACCGAGAAGAUCGCCACAUCAACGUUCAUAACAAUGGCGAGUUCUUAAGUGGUCCAGAGCAGAUCAGAGCUGAAAGCCGCCGAAAAGAACUUCUAGACCGUCAUUCCCUCGCAACAGGUGUAGAGAUGGAAGGAGAAGGUGAGCGUAUGUCACUUAAGCAUUCGUAUUAACAAUAAACAUUGUUGUUUUUUAUGGCGACUCCAACUGGUUAGGUCUAAGUAAUGCGCACGAUUUCACUCUCUUAGAAAUGAUUAUUGGUGUCUUUUCAUCCCUGGAAUUGCCUUGAAGAGGAAAUCUGCGGUCUUCCUGGCGCCUGUGGGUCUCCUAUGAAAGGGCUCAUACAACGUGCAAACGUUGGCGGGUUUUACCAACCUAAAAAGAUCGUAAACUUGGCAUCUCGUACGCGAGCCCUUUGUCAGAGUAAAUCAAGGGAUUGGUGGUUGUGUGUAGUUUAUAUAUGGAGUGUUGGAGUAACUCUGUUGGGGCAUGAUUACCUUAAAAGACAGGAAUAAAGAAAGUCAUGUAUGAAAAAUGUUUAUUGAAAAUAGUUACAGUCAAAAAGCAAAACAAACGGCGUGAAAAUCAUAACUUAUCCUACUUUCUGUCCUUGGGGUCUCGCAUCUCUAGAUUUUGUUUUUUCUUAUCUCCGGUUAGUUUCCUUCGAGUUCGCCAUCCAACUGCAUAUAAAAGAAACAAAUCUUCAUAAAAGUGUUUGUUAAUUUUCAAUAAAAUAAAGAAGGUUAAUUACUUUCCAUAUUUUAGGUGUUUUCACAGCUGCAUUUGAUACUCAACUCGAGUGGCUCAUUGUUAAAGGGAUAGCUGAUUUUGCGGAUGGUGAGCAAGUGAAUCCAGGAAGUUGGGAAGCCUGUGCUAGUGCGAUGGCAGCAUCUCUUGUCUCGCACAUGUUAAGUGAUCCUUGUGUUUUCCGCUCUUGGCCUCAUUUUUCAGGUAUAAAUUCUUGUCAGUUUAGUGGGUUAUGAUAAAUCGUAGAGGUAACAGGCCAAAUUUGCCGUCAGUGGAAGAAAACGUGAAUCCUCGAAGUGAAAAAGUGAGGAAGGUCUCCGAUAUUCCAUUUUCCGCAUUGCCAAGCGGCGUGAGAUUACGAGUUAGACAGAAGCCUUUGUGAGGGUUGUCGUCGUUACCUUAACUUUCAGUCACUCAGCUUUUACUACAGCCCUUCAGUUGAGAGUUAAACAAAGUUUAAGAAAAUGUUGAUCGUCGGUGUGCAUGUUUCUGGCAAAAAAACGAGAUUGUACAUUCUUUUCGUACUAUAAAUAUUGCGUACUUACUAGGAAGUACGGCACAAAACGCUAAUGAUGUCUUUGCCUGGAUGUUUUAGUGGAUGAUCCCUUUGGGGCUCAGGUUGAGAGCGGUAGGAAGCGGAAGCUAGCUGAGCACCACAUUGCAGGUAAUAUAUUAACAACAAUUUUUAAAAAGUUCUUCUUUAUAACCCCGACCUACUUUAUCUGUUCCGCUCUUUGCUUCACUUUCGUUUUAGAAUGCAAUGAGUCGAAAGGAGCAAACAAAAUUCACGAGACGCGUAUAGUCCCUCAACUGCACCUCACAGAGCUGUUUUAAAUCAGUCCACACUUUUUCCCAAAAUAACAAAAUGUGGUAGUAAACUGAUCCGCCCCACUCAACAUCUUAUAUGUCGUGUCUUCAUGGCCAGCUAUUACAAUUAACGUUACAGUAGGAAUGUCUUUCCGACUAAACCGUAAAUGGGCAAUUUUGUUAAUUCCAUACAAAAUUUUGCCAAACUCAGCCAAUUAGGUAACCAUUUGUGGCGUUUUAUACCACCCAUUCUAUGUUACUGUCAACCACGAAGUUAUGACCGAAUUACAGAGGAUCGACUUUGCGGUUUUUUGGGGGUAGGAUUGAGGCCUUGAAAUACGACAACGUUAACUGAAACAGAUGUGAAGUGGCGCGCGUCUGAACCAACGGUUUUCUUCACCAGGUGCCUUGUACGAUGACCAGAGCCCAACACAAAUCAAAAGGGGAAUGUUUUCUGCCCACACAUCUCAGCAAACUGAAUCCACAACCCAGCAGCAUCUUGCAGGUAUCUCUAACAAUGCAUUGAAUUGUGACACUUAAAAAAGUAUGAUCAUCAGUUAAUGGUCCGCACUCCAGUACAGCUAAAAAAGAUUGCUUAAAAUUGUGCCACGGGGUAAAGUUUUGACCUUUAUAAAGCUUACGCAAUCUGAGUAGCGGUUAAUAGUUACAAAGAAAAAGAAACUGUCUAGCAAUCUUAAGUUAAGGUGAAACGGGCAGCAAAAAACGUGCAGCUUGUUGUUCUCAAACACUGCUGCAAAACGAGUCGAAUUCGAGCUCAAACUUGUCUUGCAGCAAAUCAAGUUAAUUGUUGCAGGUUACGAAAUAUUGUUGCAGAAAGUGGACAGUAUAGUUCUACGUUUUUCAGCAAAAUCGGUAGAUGUUGCGCGCUUUGUCAGUCCAAGGCAAACGUUUUUGCAAAAGUGACGUAACUCCCGUGUAAGAAGAAGUUACUAUUCACGCAACUUGCAACAACUUGAUUUGUUGCAAGACAGGUUUGAACGUGCGCGAAAAACGCGCAAACAUCGCUUUUCAACUCGUUUUGCAGCAAUGUUGCAAAACACGUUGCACGUUUUUGCUGCCCGCUUCACUGUAGCUUUAGACAAAAUAGGGAGCUUAAGCAACAACGACGGCGACGGCGACGGCAACGAAAACGUCAUUUGAAAAGUGAAUUCGCGCUGCUUCAAACUCAAUCACGUUUAAUCCAUCUCGUUCAAUUCGGCAAAUGUUGGCAGAUUAUUCUGGAGUUCAAGUCCAAAGGACUGUAUUGUAGUUCAAGAAAAGAAAAAGAAAGUCUUUGUCUUGUGUCCACGUACGCGUUCUCCGAAAAACGUGAAACUGGGAAGUUUCAGGUCGUAGUCGUGCAGUGACGGCAAAGAAAUGUACAAAAACUGGGCGUAAAGUACGGGCAAAGUUGUUGUUUUGCUAAUCUAAACCUGUGAAAGGUUUGAACCCAGAAGUCAUUUCAAAAGUAGGUUGAGUUUGAUCGUCCGGGUGAACGUAGUCCUGAAUACUGACAGACGACCAAUAACGUCGCGACGUCUUUGACCAAUCAGAUCAAUAACCAGAGUAUAACACCAUCAACUGACGUGAUACAACUCACUUUGACUCUGAAGAUGACUACCGCACAGGUUGUCGAAACGUCAGUCACUGCCAACAACAACAGUCCUAUUCAGGACUACGUUCACCCAGACGAUCAAACUCAACCUACUUUUUUUAAUCUAAACCUAUUGCUUUUUUUGCCGUUCUCGCUGCCGUCGCCGUCGUAGUUGCUUAUAAGCUUCCUAAUAAUUGUACGAUCACCACUAAUAAUGGUCCGAUCACAACCCCUGUUAGCGUGAUAACAAAUUAAGCACAACGUAUAGCACAACAAGAGGCAACAACAGGCCACCGUUAGGUUAUGUCAGAUAUCUUAACUUAGUAUAUACACACUCAGUGAUCUUGGUGAUUUAAGCAAUCUGAUUGGUUCGCUAUCUCGGACUAUUCAACAAUAUUCACCUCCUAGCGAGUGGAUAAUGUGUGAGCUCGGUGUUUUUCCCGUUUUUUUAAAGAACGAUCUUUUAAAAGUCGACAAAAUCCUAGGGCUGACUUUUUUUAAGGCAAGAAAAGACUUGGAAGGAUUCAAUACGGCGUUUUUCAUUUUACUGUAGCAGGAGUUUUGUGCUCGAUGGAUUGUUUACAACUCCCGUGUAUUCGCGUAGAAGAAGCCGUUUCGUGAACUCAGCGUUUUCUAAGAAGAAAAUUUUGGCUCAAAAAUCGAAGUUUAUUUAUGACAAACAAAUUUAAAAGGAAAUGUUUGCAGAAAUUCUACAUUUCAAGUAAACAGGAAAAAGAAUGAUACAGGAAGACGACCUCUUACCUCGAGCAACCGAGCCGCCAUUUUUGUCAGCACUUCAUGCGAAGAACGACACAACAUGCCCUUUUGGCUAUAAACUUGGCGAGUCAACAGAAAACAACACAGCUCUACUUUUUUUUUCUCAGGUAAGGAAACAGUUCAAACUUUUAGCGAUUCCAUUGAAGCCAUUACGCUGUUGUUUGCGAAAUGAGUAAACUUGUGAAUUGCCAUGUUUGAAAAUUCUGCAAAGAUCUAUUUUUAAACUUACGCGUGAUUUGAUCUGUCAAUCAAAUCCUACUUUUGAAUGGUUUCCUUUCUGAUUUUGUUGAGAUCACUUCGUGUGUAUAUACUAAAACAAUUAUUCUUCUCAAUCUCGGUGAAUAGUGGCUUUGGGAAUAUUUACCUCGCCGCUUUCGCGGCUCGGUAAAUAUUUUGCCACUAUUCACCUCGAUUUCAAAGAAUAAUUGUUAAAUAUUGCCUGCCUCUUAGAAGAUUUGAAAAUCAUUAAUAAUAUCACCUCCCCCCUCCCCUCAAAUUUUGUCUAUAUGGAUCUUAAACUCGUUCGUUUCGCAACAUUACAACAACAACAAAAAAAAGAAAGCGUAUCGUAGACACUAGUAAAAUCAAACCGAUUCGAUUUAUAGUGUGUAUUUUGUACUUCCUAGGGGUUCCAAGUAUCAUAAAAAGGAUUCGUCAGCUUUACAAACGUCGUGAAGGACGGCUGGUACCAUUUCCAUGGUGCGACGAACUUGAUUUCAACCUGAAUGACAUUUUCACCCGGCUGAAGAUCGUGAACAAAGAAAAAACAAGAGGAAAAUUGACCGAUGAUGAAAUCACCAACAUGACCGCUAUCUUUAGACCCCACCCUGAUUGCCAGAAACCACGGAUUCUUUUGAUCGAAGGGGAACCUGGCAUGGGAAAAACCACCUACUCACAAAAACUGGCGUAUGACUGGGCAACUGAACAAGAUGAAUGGGACGAGUCUUUUCCAUCGAUUGAAGUCCUGCUCUUGCUUCGAUGUAAUGAUAUCAAAUCUGGCAUCUGGGAAGCGAUUGACGAUCAACUUCUUCCUGAUGAUAUUGACAAACAGGCUAAAGAGGAUUUUUUAAGAUUCAUUCGGGAAAAUCAGGCAAAAGUUCUCCUACUACUUGAUGGUUUGGAUGAAGCAGAUUCCCAUAAACUAGACAUGUAUUACUCGCUCGUUCAGAGUAAACUCCUCGCAGCUUGUCACAUUGUCGUUACUUCUCGUCAUGAGGCUGGAAAGAAAGUAAGGCCAUACUGUGACACCCUGUGGGAGAUUGUAGGAUUUUCUAAAGAGGAUGCCGAAAGUUUUAUCAGAAAGUAUUUUAAAGGCAAGGAACACUUGGCUGAGGAGCUGAUUAAACGAUUGAUACUCCCAGAGUAUUCCACUGGUGAUCCGCUUGAAACGUUAGGCGAGUUAACUAAAAAUCCACUUAAUACAGCUUUACUAUGUUGUCUUUUCGAGGAUUUCGAAGGUGUCCUUCCAACAAGCAGAACUGAGCUGUACGUUGAAAUGGUUUUCUUUGUUUUAAGAAGAUAUGAGAAAAAAAACGGACUUGGAAGCAGCGAUGAAGAUUUGAUUUUAGUGUAUAAAAAACAACUUUUGCAGUUGGGCAACUUCGCGUUCGAAUCCCUCCUCAAAGGGGAGUUAUACUUUGAAAAAAAGGACGAAAUCGUCAAGCCUAUCAAUUUUGGAUUCUUUUCUUUUCAGCAAGGUGGCUCCAAGCGCAAGCCUUGCACGCGUUGUGCAUUUUUACACAAGAGUUUUCAGGAGUUUUUUGCUGGCUUUUUUCUUGCGUUUCAGAUUAUGGACAAAGAAAGAGACUUUUCUUCACUUGCAGAUGAUAAGAGAUACUUGGAUAAACUGAGACAAGUCUUUUUGUUCAUGAGUGGAAUCAUAGCCUCACGUAGUGAGGAAACUGCCGUAUCGUUCUUUAUUAAUAUCGCUGAAAAAAUCAACUCAGCCGAAGACUAUAAGUCAUAUUUCAAGUUAGCCUGUGAGUGCUUGUUGGAAUGCUCAAGUGAUGAGGAAAACCUUCAAACUCGCUUAGUUCGUACUUUAGGUGAGCAGCUUGACAUGUCCCUGACUAAAGAUUUUUACUUAACUGGGAUAAACGCUGCUGGUGCUGCUGCAAUUUCCAUAGCCCUCACAGGAAACUCCUCCCUGAUUACUUUGGAUUUGGGUGAUAACAGUAUAGGUGAUGCUGGUGCUUCGUCUCUUUCUCAGGCCCUCAAAGAAAACUCCUGCCUAAAUACUUUGAAUUUAAAUGGUAACCGUAUUGGUGAAGCCGGUGCUUCUUCUCUCUCGCAGGCUCUCACAGAAAACUGCUCCCUAAAUACUUUAAAUUUAAGUCGUAACUUUUUGAGUGGCGCUGGUGCUUCUUCUCUUUCUCUUGCCCUCACGGCAAACUCCUCACUGACCACUUUGGAUUUAAGUCGUAACCUAAUUGACGGCGCUGGUGCUUCUUCUCUUUUCCGGGCCCUCACAGCAAAUUCCUCACUGACUUCCUUGGAUUUGACGUAUAACAGUAUUGGUAACGAUGCUGCUUCUUCUCUUUCUCAGGCCCUCGCAGGAAACUCCUCCCUGACUUCUUUGGAUUUGAGUUAUAACAGUAUUAGUGAGGCCGAUGCUUCCUCUCUUUCUCGGGUCCUCACAGCAAACCCCUUCCUGACUACUUUGAAGUUAAUUGGAAACAGUAUAGGUGACACCGGUGCUUCUUCUCUUUCUCGGGCCCUCACCGCAAACUCCGCCCUAACUACUUUGAAGUUAAGUGGUAACAGUAUUGGUGACGCCGGCGCAUCUUCUCUUUCUCAGGCCCUCAAAGUGAACUCCACUCUGUCUACUUUGGAAUUGGGUUAUAACAUUAUUGGCGAAGCUGGUGCUUCUUCUCUUUCUCAGGCCCUCACAGCAAAUUCUUCCCUGACUUCUUUGGAUUUGAUGCAUAACAGUAUUGGCGAAGCCGGUGCUUCUUUUCUAUCUCAGGCCCUCACAAGAAACUCCACCCUGACUAGUUUAGAUUUGCUUUAUAACAGUUUUGGUGACGCCGGUGCUUCUUCUCUUUCUCAAGCCCUCAAAGCAAACUCCUCCCUGACUACUUUGGAUUUGGGUACUAACGUUAUUGGCGACGUUGGUGCCUCUUCUCUUUCCCAGGCCCUCUCAGCAAACUCCUCCCUGACUACUUUGAAUUUGGGUGGUAACGUUAUUGGCGACGUUGGUGCUUCUUCUAUUUCCCAGGCCCUCACAGUAAACUCCUCCCUGACUACUUUGGAUUUGGGCCGUAACUUUAUUGGUGACACCGGUGCCUCUUCUCUUUCUCAGGCCCUCGCAGCAAACUCCUGCCUGACGUCUUUGGAUUUGGGUUAUAACUGUAUUGGCGACGAUGGUGCUUUGGAACUUUCC